GACAUGGAACCCGGGGAGGAGAAGGUCUGUGCUGUGUGCGGGGACCGUGCCACUGGGUACCACUUCCACGUCAUGACCUGCGAGGGCUGCAAGGGCUUCUUCAGGCGCUCCAUCAACAAGGGUGUCCGCUUCACCUGCCCCUUCGCCCGGAGCUGCCCCGUCACCAAGGCCAAGCGGCGGCAGUGCCAGGCCUGCCGCCUCCAGAAGUGCCUCGACAUGGGCAUGCGGAAGGACAUGAUCAUGUCGGAGGAAGCGCUGCGGCAGCGGCGGGCGCUGCGGGGGCAGCGGCGGCUGGCACGGGAGCAGCAGGAGCUGAUCGACAUCCUCAUCGCGGCCCACCAGCGCACCUUCGACUCCAGCUUCUCCCAGUUCAUGCACUACUGGCCCGCCGUGCGCCUGUGCGUCCCCAGCCCGCGGCCGCAGAGCCCACCGGCGCCAGACGCCCCCGCCGCACCCCUGCAGCUGGACUGCCCGGACGAGGACGUGCUGCCCGAUGUCUUCUCCAUGCUGCCCCACUUCGCCGACCUCAGCACCUUCAUGAUCCAGCAGGUCAUCAACUUCGCCAAGGAGAUCCCAGCUUUCAGGAGCUUGCCCAUCGACGACCAGAUCUCGCUGCUGAAAGGGGCCACCCUGGAUAUCUGCCAGAUCCAGUUCAACACCGUCUUCAACCCGGAGACCAACGCCUGGGAGUGCGGGCAGCACUGCUACACCAUCCAGGACGGAGCCCUGGCCGGCUUCCAGCAGAUCUACCUGGAGCCACUGCUCAAAUUCCACAUCAGCCUGAAGAAGCUGCAGCUGCACGAGGCCGAGUACGUCCUGCUCCAGGCCAUGCUGCUCUUCUCGCCAGACCACGCUGACAUCGCCCAGCGGAAUGUCAUCGACCAGUUCCAGGAGAAGGUGGCCCUGACACUCAAGAGCUACAUCGACCACCAGCACCCCAUGCCCGAGGGCAGGUUUCUCUACGCAAAGCUGCUGCUGCUGCUGACCGAGCUGCAGACGCUGAAGGUGGAGAACACGCGUCAGAUCCUCCACAUCCAGGACCUGUCCUCCAUGACGCCACUGCUCUCCGAAAUCAUCAGCUAGAGCCCACGCCGGCAGUGC